CUUAAUUACUCAUUUUCGUGUCGGAGAAGGCGUGCCCUAAAAGCAAACAGCUGAAGCAGUGCGCCGAUUCCGCCGCUUUCUAAUUUAUUUACUGGAAAUUAUAAAUAAAAAUCCAGGUUCCGAUCGCAUGUGUGCUGAAUCCUAGACGACAAGAGACAACAGCAGCAACAGGGCACAUCAAUUCAACAGUGACGAAAAUCGGAAUAUUAAACGACUUGGAUCAAACCGUGCGACACUGUUACAAAAAUACAAAAAGUUUUAACUCGAUAUUGUAGUGUUUCGGUUUCGCGAGGAUUUCCCCACCUCUCUCCCUCAUUAAAUGGAGCGACGUAGGUGACGUUUGGACUGUUGCGAUUUAAGAGGAAAUCUGAAGACCAAAAGCCGGAGAGAGAAAUAUGUAUGGACGCUACACCCAGGAGCUGGGAGCCUACGCAAAGGAGGAGGCGGCCCGGCUACGGGAAGAUGGCGGCUUGCGGAGGCCCACCAGUGUCCGCAGCCAAACCCCAGAACAGCUGGAGGAUGAAAAGGACCCGUGCGCAAAGUGCCAAUUGUGCACUUCACGCUGUCAGAGGUUCCUGAUUUCCAGAGUGGGUGAAGACUGGAUCUUCCUCAUCCUUUUGGGACUCCUCAUGGCACUGGUCAGCUGGAUCAUGGACUACACCAUAGCCUUCUGUCAGCAAGCACAGAAGUGGAUGUAUGGAGGUCUGGACAGUAAUAUGCUGCUGCAGUAUUUGGCCUGGGUCACCUAUCCUGUUGUUCUUAUCACCUUCUCUGCGGGAUUCACACAGAUACUUGCACCCCAAGCAGUAGGUUCUGGGAUUCCAGAGAUGAAGACCAUCCUUCGUGGUGUGGUGCUAAAAGAGUACCUGACUUUUAAAACCUUUGUGGCCAAAGUCAUUGGCUUGACUUGUGCCCUGGGCAGUGGAAUGCCUCUGGGAAAAGAAGGUCCAUUUGUACACGUUGCAAGUCUUUGCGCUGCACUGCUCAGCAAAUUCAUGGCACUGUUUGGGGGAAUUUACAUGGAAGAGCCAUUUGAGGGAAACAAGAAUGAGCUGCGGAAUACCGAGAUGCUGUCUGCAGCUUGUGCGGUUGGGGUUGGCUGCUGCUUUGCUGCCCCUAUUGGAGGUGUGCUAUUUAGCAUCGAGGUGACCUCCACGUUCUUUGCUGUGAGGAACUACUGGAGGGGCUUCUUUGCUGCCACAUUCAGUGCUUUCAUCUUCAGGGUGCUGGCAGUAUGGAACAAGGAUGAGGAGACGAUCACUGCUCUCUUUAAAACACGCUUUCGUCUGGACUUCCCCUUUGACCUUCAGGAACUCCCAGCCUUUGCUGUGCUUGGGAUUGCCAGCGGCUUUGGGGGAGCUUUGUUUGUCUACCUGAACAGACUAAUAGUGGAGUCUAUGAGAAAACAAAAAACCAUCAAUAAGUUUCUGCUGAAAAAACGGCUGGUGUACCCUGCCUUUGUCACUCUUCUUGUUUCUACCCUCACCUUUCCCCCGGGGUUUGGGCAGUUCAUGGCCGGCCAGCUGACUCAACACGAGUCACUAGUGGCUCUCUUCGACAACCGAACAUGGUACAAGCAAGGUGUGGCAGAGGAGUUUGAGUAUGUGAGCCAGCCCCAGGCCUGGAAGCAUCCGCAGGUCAGCGUCUUCAUCACGCUUCUCCUCUUCAUUGUGAUGAAGUUCUGGAUGUCAGCUGUUGCUACAACCAUGCCAGUGCCCUGUGGAGCUUUCAUGCCAGUCUUCCUCAUUGGUGCUGCAUUUGGCCGUUUGGUUGGUGAAAGCAUGGCAGCUGUCUUCCCUGAAGGAAUACACAGUGAUGGCACUGUAUAUCCCAUAGUUCCUGGUGGCUAUGCUGUUGUUGGGGCUGCUGCACUUUCCGGAGCAGUGACUCACACAGUGUCCACAGCCGUCAUCGUGUUUGAGCUGACUGGGCAGAUCUCGCACAUCCUGCCCGUGAUGAUCGCCGUCAUUCUGGCCAAUGCUGUGGCCCAGAGUCUGCAGCCCUCUCUCUACGACUCCAUCAUCAGAAUCCAGAAGCUUCCGUACCUGCCCGAACUGGGCUGGGGGCAGGAGAAGUAUAAUAUCCGGGUGGAGGACAUCAUGGUUAGAGAUGUGCGUUACAUCACACUGACUUCCACUUACCGGGACCUGCAGGAGUCUCUGCUGACUGGGCAGUUAAAGACCCUGGCCUUGGUGGAGUCUACAGACUCCAUGAUCCUGCUGGGCUCCAUCGAACGUUCCCAGCUCCAGUCUCUGCUGUCUGAGCAGCUGGGCCAGGCCCGGAGGCUGGACUUCCUGCGGGAACGUGCCCAGAACAACGGCACCCACGUUCCGUCCUUGUCCCAGGAUUCUUCACCAAAGGCCAGUCGGGGGGUUCGCUUCUUGAUCUCCACUGAGGAAUCCUCCUAUAGCCCCACUCUGACCAACUCCCAGAUUCCUCUCAAAUCUGCCCUCAAGACAGUGUCGGCGAUCAGCAACACAGAGACCCUAAAUAGCUCUCCGAGUCUAUCCAGUGGGGAGUCUGCGAAGGAGCAGGUAGAGGAUACUCCUGAUGUUGAGGAUGAUAUGUCAACAGCAGAGAUAGCCGAAUGGGAGGAGCAGCAAUUGGACGAAGCUGUUAAUUUCAACAACUGUAAAAUAGACCCCGCUCCUUUCCAGCUUGUGGAGCGCACAUCUUUACAUAAAACACACACUAUUUUCUCGUUGCUGGGUCUGGAUCACGCUUAUGUCACAAGCACAGGAAGGCUUGUCGGCGUCGUCUCUCUGAAAGAGCUGCGGAAGGCCAUUGAAGGCUCUGUGACAGUAACAGGGGUGAAGGUCCGCCCCCCGCUGGCAAGUUUCCGUGAUAGCGGAACCAGCAGCAGCGUUUCCGAGGUUACCGAGCUCCACAAGCUCUGGAGUCGUCACAGGAGCCUGUCGUUACCACGGGAACCCAACAUGCCCGACCUGGGGGACCAAUUGGAGCAGCCGUCUGAAGGCAGCCUGGUGAAUGAGACGGACUGCACUGAGCUGUCCAGUCAGAACAGCCCCUUACAUACAGAGGACCAAUCACAGCUGUCCUAUGCCGACACCACACCCCAAGAAGAGGACCGAUCAGAGCUGCCCUGUGAUUGUGAGCACACUCUUCAUCUUGAAAACUUUUCAGAGUCAGCCAAUGAACAUGGCCUGGCCCAAAAUGAGGAACUACCAUGUGAAGGUAGCCCUUCAGAAACUGGGAUUCAGCCAGAAUGACAGAUGUUUGUUUAUUUAUUUGUUUAUUUUUAUUGGUAAUGCACACUCCACAUAUGUAAUAAGCAGCAUUGUGAAAUCAGGGUGAGAAAGCUAUGGAAAAAGCAUAUCAGCAAUGAAGCACACUGUCUACUCCAUACUGAUCCGACCCACUACACUGAUUAUGGCGUGUGCUGGUAUUUCCCAGUGAGAUGGAGUGUGAAUGUAUAGGUGCCACAGCAUGAAUUAGUCUCCGUAAACACAUCGGUGAAGUUGUAUUUAACAUGCGUAUCAUGUUGGUAUGGAUAUCGGAUUAUGAGAGGAAUAAGAAGGGAGAAAAGAAACGGAGAGAACGAGUGAGGGAGUGUGUGUGUGUGUCUGUCUUUACGUAAGUAAAAGGGCAUAUAUGUGAAGUGCUGUAUGCUUGUGUGUUAGGUUGUGACUCGGCUAUGCCUAGCCCACAUACCCAUCUGGAGCGGACGCUUUUAAUCUAAAUAAGAUACAAUUUCUCUCCAAAUAUAGCCUGAACUGAUAGAAAGCAUGGGUGUGGGGAACAAAAAUAAAUGAGAAAUUAAAAUAAUGACACAAAAUGGAGGAGUGGUGUUGAGAUAGAUCAAAGGGGUGGGAUGUUAAGAGGGUCAGGGAGAUGAAGAAUGGCACAAUAAGAGAGAGGUAAAGUGGAAAUAAAUGUGCUCUCAAUCACAGCAGGAGGAUCAGAGCCCAGUGCAAGGGCUAAAUUUUUAGGACAUUGUAAUUAGCAUGCAAAUAACACUCACCAAUAUACAAACCACAUGAAGGUGGAUACUGUGCAGAAAUCAUUCAUUUAAAGAGGGUGUUGAUGCCACUCUCAUCGGUGCAUACUGACGACCCAAGAGUGAGACACACACACACAAACAUAUGCAUGUAGAGGUAGGCCCUGUAUGUGGUAAAGACCCUUGCUAUUUUUAUUGUGUGAAAAUAAUUAUUUUUGGCACCUAAGAAAUUAAUGAACUCUUAAUGACAUGUAUACACACCUUUAUAGUUAAUUGGCAGUUCAUGUACACAAAUGAAAAACAGCCCAGACAGUACACCUAAACCAAAGGGUAUCAAUAUUACACCAGUUUCAGUCAGAACAAGCAGGCAAUUUACAUUUAUUUACAGGCAGAAGUUUUUUGUCAGUUUCUUGAAGUAAGACAAUUAGUCCUUUCAUUUGUUAGCCCCAAAGAUAGUUCAAUCAAAGCUGCUAUAUUUCAAGUAAACCAGCUUAUUACAGAACAUGCAAGCUCAUCACUAACCUGAAACUACAUUUUAGCACAAUUGUACUAUAUUUUUCAUGUACAGUGUGCUACAGUAGAGGCUGUAGUGAGGUCUCUGGCCAUAUUCAAAUCUGCUGUUAUCCUUCACUGUCCAAAAUGCAUCUCAGUCCUGCUAACAUGGAGUGAGUGGUUUUUGUGCUAGCCAUGUGGUAGGCUAAGUGUGUUUUACUUGGUGCAGUUCAUAUCACUGUUUUAUAUGCACUUUGAUUAUAAACCAAAUGUUAGUAUUGAUUUUCAGCUGCAAACCUUUUAUUUAUUUAUUUUGCCUUUUUAAUGUUAAACAACUGUGCAAUAAUCAGUAUUGUAUUCUUGUAAUGAAUGCUUGCCAAAUAAGAUUAUUUCAUAAAAUCCUGGGUUUGAAUUGAAGGUAUGAAUUGCCCGUCAUGGCUGAAAACAGGUGGGAGUAACUUCAUUGGAUCAAGACAGCUGAGAAAGGUCUGGGACUCCAUUGGGAAUCCAUCUUGAAAGACCUUUUCUAUGUCUUCUAAAUUGCAACUUUGCUCAAAAUACACUAAACAUAUUGUUCACCAAGCCAAUGCUGAAUAGUUGUGUUGUGUUGGAAACCGUCACUGUGCUUGUAAACGUGGUUCAGGAAAAGUGCAACUUGCCUCAGAUAGGUAAGAUGGAGUAUGAUUUGAUGUGCAUUUGUGUUUUGUUUCCAUUUGUGCAGCAGAAAUGGAGAUCAAGGGCUUGAUUUAAACAAAUGAAGGCAAGCUCACAAGAACAAUAAUUCUAAUACUCCAAUUUUCUGGCAAAGCAGUUUUCCGUUUUUCAUGUCCCCACAGAAAUGCUUGCUUUGUGUUUCUGUGUGCUGUCAAUUCAAGGACAUGCCUCAUUUAAUUUGGCUGUUCCAGUCAGUUGCAUCACUGUUAGAUUGCAGAUUCAUGUAAAACUGAUGCUAUUCAAGGACAGAUAACACUUUGAAACAUGGUUAAUAAUUUUGAGAUACCAUUCAGCAUUUUACGUUUACAUUUGACACUUGAGCUAUUUAAAUUGAGCCCGUCAUGUAUACUGUAUGCUAAUAUACUGCACAUUCAAUGUAGAGUUAAGCAAUAAGUCAGAAGUCAUCCCCAGAAUGCUUUCUAUAAUAUCGCCUGUACAGACUAUAAAAACUAUGUAUGUCUAUAACUCUAGCACACAUGCCCUGUACAUAUAGAAGAUAUAUGCAUAUGGAAUCAACAAUUGCCAUUAUUUUUCAGAAAACAUUUGUUUUGUACAUGAGUAAAAAAAAAAAAAUUAAAUUUCAACUUUAAAGUUUGCCGCUCAACUUCCCUUUAUCAGAUAUUGAAGUCUUUAGUAAAGUGAAGAAUUGGUCAUAGCUCAAUCACUGACCAGUAGCCAUAGUGCAAAUUUUAAACAUACAUCAUCAGCAGAACAUGUGUUCUUCAGCUUUAAUGCAUUCAUGAGAUUGUUUUUGUACAAAGGGUAAAAAAAGAAAAAAAGAGAGACAGAAGGGUUGCACAUCAAAUGUCCUCACAAAUAACCACAGUGUCAUUACCAGGCCACAUUUAUUAAGGUCAGAAUAAUGCCAAGAUGACUGGGAAUCACGCGUGGACUUUACUGUGGCAUUCCAUGCAAGUGUUGAUGUUCAUCCAGUAGAGCUGCCUCUCAAGGUUAUGGGAACACACGGCCACAAAAACCUUUUCAUUCAGCAGCUGACCUAAUUUUUCAGUCUCUUGCUACGGAGCUGGAAAGCAAAUUCGAGAAGGGGAGAGAGAGAAAAAGAGACAAACAAGACGCAAUAGAUUCUUGAGGUACAACAUCACACAGUGAUCAUAGUAAUGGGCAUGUUCCAUUCAUAGCCACAAUGCUCAGCCAGACUCUAGAUCCAGGUGAUUCAAAGCUAAACAAAAUAAGGUUUUUCCCUAAGGAAACGGACCAACAUUGGUUACAUUAACUAGUUCCUUAUCAGAGCUGUCACAUCAAAACAUAUUAGAAAUAUACAUUUUACUGUGACAUCCUUCCAUUUCUUAAUAGCAGGAGACUGUCCCAACGUUUUUGUGUAUGACUACAAAGCAUGGGUAUAGUAUGACUUCCUCUGUCAAUAAGUACAGCAUCUAGGACAACUGAGACAGCUAUGGCUGGUGUAGCUGUUGUCCAAAUCUGAUCCCUCAGAUAAAAUGAGGACACUGCGGUCUUUUUAUUUUCCACUCAAAUCCAAAGGACAUGGAGUAGGAAAGUGAGAAGGAUGGCCAAGAAGAUGACGGAGGAG